CGCGUCCUCGGGCUGGGCCAUUGUCCCAUGUCCUUCGCUGAGCGCCUGGCGCGUGUCCCGCCGCCGCCACCACCGCGCAUAAAGGCCACGCCGGGACCCCAGCCGCACGCUCUGAUAAUAGACGAUUCUGAUCGAUAGUCUACAGUGUCUCCCUAUUGGCACAAAGCCCGAUUGUGCUGCUAGCCACGGAUGUGGGGUUUUCCCCCGGACACUGUCAGGUUUUAUUGUUAGACCGCCGCCUGGGAGACACCGGGCUGUCCGAUCGCCUUGAUCAUUCCCAGAGAUCUUGCCACGACUAUUUAGAUUGUAGAUAAGGUCCUGGAGAUUCCUCCUCCCCGCCCCCCAUUCCCUUCCUGACUACUCCCUUUCACAAAUAAAGCCGUAGCUACAUGAUGAACAACAAAGAGAGAUGGAUUUGGGCGCAAAUGGUGUACGUAUUUGUUCCUCGUUCUGGGAUGGCUCUAGUCUCAUGGCCACAAAGCUCUAAGCCCAGGCGCUGCGAGGUACUGACAUUGAGAGCCCAGUAUAUCUCAGCCUCACACGGCAGAAGCCUGUGAGGCUGGGGAGAGGCAGCAGCGUCAGUUUCCUUUUUAAGGAGAUGGGAAGUGUGGGCUACAAGUAGGAGUGCAGAUCAGAUCUGUAACACCUCAUUCUUCAUCACGCUACGGAUGGCGUAGGGGUAGAUGAGAAGCUUUCUUUGCGGCGGGUAGCUGUGGUUGAAGAUUUCUUUGACAUUAUCUAUUCGAUGCAUGUGGAAACAGGGCCGAAUGGAGAACAAAUUCGGAAACACGCUGGACAAAAGAGAACUUACAAAGCAAUUUCAGAGAGCUAUGCCUUCCUACCAAGAGAAGCGGUGACACGAUUUCUAAUGAGCUGCUCAGAGUGCCAGAAAAGAAUGCAUUUAAACCCAGAUGGAACAGAUCAUAAAGAUAAUGGAAAACCUCCCACUUUGGUGACCAGCAUGAUUGAUUACAACAUGCCAAUUACCAUGGCCUAUAUGAAGCACAUGAAACUGCAGCUGCUGAACUCACAGCAAGAUGAGGAUGAAAGUUCAAUAGAAAGUGAUGAAUUUGAUAUGAGUGAUUCAACACGGAUGUCCGCUGUGAACUCCGAUCUCAGCUCCAAUCUUGAGGAAAGAAUACAGAGUCCCCAGGCUCUUCAUGGUCAGCAAGAUGAUGAUUCCGCUGCAGAGAGCUUUAAUGGCAAUGAGACUCUGGGGCACAGUUCACUUGCUUCAGGGGGAACACACAGCAGGGAGAUGGGGGACUCCAAUGGUGAUGGCAAAACUGAGCUGGAGCAGGACGAGCAGCCACUGAACCUGAGUGACAGUCCCCUCUCAGCACAGCUAACUUCGGAAUACAGAAUAGAUGACCACAGCAGUAAUGCAAAAAACAAAUAUAAGAAUCUUCUAAUUUCGGACCUCAAGAUGGAACGAGAGGCGAGAGAAAAUGGAAGCAAGUCUCCUGCACAUAGCUACUCAAGCUACGACUCUGGCAAAAAUGAGAGUGUAGACCGAGGUGCUGAGGACCUCUCCCUGAACAGGGGAGAUGAGGAUGAAGAUGACCAUGAUGACCAUGACGAUUCUGAGAAAGUUAACGAGACAGAUGGCGUUGAGGCGGAGCGGCUGAAGGCUUUUAAUAUGUUUGUCAGGCUGUUUGUAGAUGAAAACUUGGACCGAAUGGUCCCAAUCUCUAAGCAGCCCAAAGAAAAGAUCCAGGCUAUCAUUGACUCAUGCAGGCGACAAUUCCCUGAGUAUCAAGAGCGUGCCAGAAAACGUAUACGUACUUACCUCAAGUCCUGCAGGCGGAUGAAAAGAAGUGGUUUUGAGAUGUCUCGACCUAUUCCUUCUCACCUUACUUCAGCAGUUGCAGAGAGUAUCUUGGCUUCAGCCUGUGAGAGUGAGAGUAGAAAUGCUGCCAAGAGGAUGCGUCUGGAUAGACAACAGGACGAGUCUGCUCCAGCUGACAAGCAGUGCAAACCAGAGGCGGCCCAGGCCGCUUACUCCAGCUCAGCUGUCUCGGGCUCACAGGAAGUGUUGUACAUCAACGGAAAUGGGACCUACAGUUACCACAGUUACAGAGGGCUAGGAGGGGGACUGCUAAAUCUGAAUGAUGCUUCCAGCAGUGGACCCACCGAUCUCAGCAUGAAGAGGCAGUUGGCGACUAGCUCAGGAUCCUCCAGCAGUUCAAGCUCCAGACCUCAGCUGAGUCCAACUGAAAUCAAUGCCGUGAGACAGCUCGUUGCAGGAUAUCGAGAAUCAGCUGCAUUUUUAUUACGUUCUGCAGAUGAACUGGAAAAUCUUAUUUUACAACAGAACUGAGUCAGAUGACGAUCCUAUUCACUGAGGUCUAAGUUUGCAGUUUCCACUAAUGACAUUUUGAUUUCCCAGCAGAGAUGCUUCUGGUCUUACUGCACAGUCUUAAGAGAAAUACUUCCAUUAUGCCACAUUGUCCUUGAUCCAUAAAGUGAUGUGUUAAGGUGCUUCAAAGGAACCCUGACCUCUGAAGUACUCGUGAUACUUUAAUGUAUCAGCCUACUGCUUUUUGUUUUAGUGUGUCAGCAUAAAUAUCUGGGGCAAAAAGGCUGUAUAUUCCUAAUUCAAGGAUAAAAGAAGAAGCUUGUGGUAUAAAAAGUAGUUCAAGAUCCAACUGAAAUAUUAGUGGAAUUUGCUCCUGACUCGUUGGACUGAGAGCUGCAGUAUCUGGCAAAAAAAGAGAAAAAAGCCAAAAUUUCUUGUUGCUACAGGCUAUAACAAUGAAAAGGAUCUUGUAUUUUAAAAAAAAAUAUGUAAUUUUUAUAAAAAGAAAACUUGUUUUUCAUUCGAAAUUGUCAUUUUUACUUUGGUAACUUUUUCAUAGGUCCUAAGAGAAAACUGUUUUGAGAAACUACUGUAAGUACCUUUUCCACAUCCCUUUGCCUUCUCCUCUUUCCAAAUUCUUUCUACAAAAAUAACACUUGAUGCUGACAAAAAAAAAAAAUCCUUGCCUACGUUCUUUAAAUCGCCACAUCAGGAACUACUUCCGAGAGAAGCCUGCAUUUCUGUACUCAUGCUGAUCCUGAGCAUGCCACUCAACACUGCAUCUUUACAUAAUGGUUUUCAUCCGAAUUUUUUAAUGUUAAAAAAGACAUAUCAUUGAAAAAAAAAUCACACCUUGGUUUCUUACAGCUGCUCACCCUGGAUUGCUGCUGCUGUCUUACAGGCGUCCCUCUAGCAGCCACUGGAUGCAGAUAACUGAAUGUUAAGAGGUUGCAAGUGACAAUCUGAAAAUUUGCACUCUUGUGUGUAGCUUUUUUUUUUCUCUCUUUCAGAAAUAGUUUCCAAAAAGACCAUUACCUCUCCUGAUAUGAUUUGUAUAAUUUCCAGUUCUAGGCAAAAAUGUAAAGAACUCUCAGUGGAUGCAGCUGCAACUUACAAUGAACUGUCCCCUCCUGUUCCCCACACUUUGCCCUUAUUUCUUAUUUUAUAGUGUUGGGUACACAUGAAUGAUGUUUUCUUUGUGCACUGAGGCAAGCCUAUUUUUAAAACAUUUAGGGAGAAGUAUAUCAGUUUAAGCUCCUUGUGCAAUUUUUUUCUGUUGUUUAGCUUUGGUUGGAUUCCAAAUUCUUUGUGCAUUCCUGAAUUUGCCUUAUUUCAUGUAAAUUUAUGUCAUUCAGUUUUUGAUAAUGAGUUUAAGGCAUCAGUGAUAUUUCUUAUCUACUUGUUACAUAUAGUUUUUCAAGUAAUGACUGUGAUUGUGACCAAGUAAUGUGCACUUUUUCUUGUAACUGUGGACAUUGCUAUGCUUUUUUCUUCUAGUGUUUCUAGAAUUACUGUUCCUUACAGUUACGUAAACAAAAAACAAAAACAAAAAAAAGAACUUUUGUGAUACUGUUGGUGAAUAUAAUGUGAAAAUCUUAUUGAAAUAUGAGUAUUUUGGAAAUACAUAGAUGCACAAACAUCUUUUAAGGUGUGGAUUUAGAGUUUGCCUAUUUAAAUGAAAAUUCAAAAAUUGAGGGCUGGUAUAAUUUUUUCUGUUUUGUUGGGUUUAAUAAACAGAUUUCUGUGUUAAAA